CAGUGUGACACAGAGUCUGUUGGGGUGGGAGCCGAGGUUUGAGGAAGAAUCAGGUUUUGUAGGGUUGUCUUGCUUUCGAGUGGCUGUGCAGCAUCCUCCUGUCACCUGCGCUGUGAGGAGCGGAGAGCGACCUGCUGGCUACCCUGCUGAAAAUCACAUGAAAUCCUGCAGCAGAUUUAACCUCAUCCCCCCUCUGUUGCAGGUCCGGUGCCCGUCCGUCUGGUGAAUGGGAACAACAUGUGCUCCGGGAGAGUGGAGGUCUAUCAGAACUCCACCUGGGGCACCGUCUGUGGCACGAGCUGGGAUAUCAAUGCAGGGAACGUGGUCUGCAGGGUGUUGAACUGUGGGAUGGCCCGGUCAGUAACAACUGCUGUCUCUAACGGAGAGGCCACUGGGAACAUCUGGCUGGAUGGCAUGAAUUGUAAUGGGACAGAGCCUGCCCUCGAUCAGUGUCCUGCCAAACGAUGGCAGGUGAAUAACUGCACACACGGAGAGUACGCUGAAGUCUCCUGCUCAGGUCCGGUGGCCGUCCGUCUGGUGAAUGGGAACAACAUGUGCUCCGGGAGAGUGGAGGUCUAUUAUAACUCCACCUGGGGCACCGUCUGUGGCAGGAGCUGGGAUAUCAAUGCGGGGAACGUGGUCUGCAGAGUGUUGAACUGUGGGACGGCCCGGUCUGUAACAACAGCCGUCUCCUACGGAGAGGCCACUGGGAACAUCUGGCUGGAUGGGGUGACGUGUAACGGGACAGAGCCUGCCCUCGACCAGUGUCCUGCCGGGCCAUGGGGGGUGAAUAACUGCACACACGGAGAGUACGCUGGAGUCUCCUGCUCAGGUCCGGUGCCCGUCCGUCUGGUGAAUGGGAACAACAUGUGCUCCGGGAGAGUGGAGGUCUAUCAGAACUCCACCUGGGGCACCGUCUGUGGCACGAGCUGGGAUAUCAAUGCAGGGAACGUGGUCUGCAGGGUGUUGAACUGUGGGAUGGCCCGGUCAGUAACAACUGCUGUCUCUAACGGAGAGGCCACUGGGAACAUCUGGCUGGAUGGCAUGAAUUGUAAUGGGACAGAGCCUGCCCUCGAUCAGUGUCCUGCCAAACGAUGGCAGGUGAAUAACUGCACACACGGAGAGUACGCUGAAGUCUCCUGCUCAGGUCCGGUGGCCGUCCGUCUGGUGAAUGGGAACAACAUGUGCUCCGGGAGAGUGGAGGUCUAUUAUAACUCCACCUGGGGCACCGUCUGUGGCAGGAGCUGGGAUAUCAAUGCGGGGAACGUGGUCUGCAGAGUGUUGAACUGUGGGACGGCCCGGUCUGUAACAACAGCCGUCUCCUACGGAGAGGCCACUGGGAACAUCUGGCUGGAUGGGGUGACGUGUAACGGGACAGAGCCUGCCCUCGACCAGUGUCCUGCCGGGCCAUGGGGGGUGAAUAACUGCACACACGGAGAGUACGCUGGAGUCUCCUGCUCAGGUCCGGUGCCCGUCCGUCUGGUGAAUGGGAACAACAUGUGCUCCGGGAGAGUGGAGGUCUAUCAGAACUCCACCUGGGGCACCGUCUGUGGCACGAGCUGGGAUAUCAAUGCAGGGAACGUGGUCUGCAGGGUGUUGAACUGUGGGAUGGCCCGGUCAGUAACAACUGCUGUCUCUAACGGAGAGGCCACUGGGAACAUCUGGCUGGAUGGCAUGAAUUGUAAUGGGACAGAGCCUGCCCUCGAUCAGUGUCCUGCCAAACGAUGGCAGGUGAAUAACUGCACACACGGAGAGUACGCUGAAGUCUCCUGCUCAGGUCCGGUGCCCGUCCGUCUGGUGAAUGGGAACAACAUGUGCUCCGGGAGAGUGGAGGUCUAUUAUAACUCCACCUGGGGCACCGUCUGUGGCAGGAGCUGGGAUAUCAAUGCAGGGAACGUGGUCUGCAGAGUGUUGAACUUGUCCUGCCGGGCCAUGGGGGGUGAAUAA